AUGCCCAAAUCGUUUAUCAAUGAGAUGGCGGAGAAAUCUCGCAGCACUUCACCAGAUACACCUCCCCCCAAAUGGGGCAUCACGGAAGGCGCAGUAAUACAAGAAAUCCUCGAUCAAGUUAGGCGAUCUCAGGCUGAGGAUCUCGAGAAAAUCGCAAAGCUACAAUGUGAUGCGGAUAAAUUGGUGGAGAAAGCGGACAACGUUACUGAAAGCAUUGGGAAUGUUGAGCGAGCAGGAUUUUUGAAGGGGCUGAUGCCUAGAGCUCGGAAAGAACGAGACGACAUUAUGCGCAAGGCAAUCCGUCUGAGGUGCGAAAUCAAACUUUUGCAGCAGCACGUUGAGAGUCUGAAGCAGAUAACUGCAGUUGAUGGUGGAGAAUUGUACACCAAGACGUGGAACAUCAAUGACCCAACAUUCUGUGAACAAGGUAAGAACUUCGAGGUUUUCAGGAAUGAUAAGAUGUCAGCUUUCUUCUUUGUGAACAAAACGAAUGAAGAGCUUCACGACAUGGCCGAGUGA